GAAUCAGAUUUGUGUGGCGCAUAUGUAUUUGGUGCCUCCGUGUACCAAUAUCUAUGUGUUAAAAUAAAUCAUAAAAAGAUUGAUGUCGAAUAUUGAAGAGGUAACUGACUAGAUUAAAAUUGUUAUCCCAUUUUACAAUGUUCGUAUAUUGUUUUCAUAACCUAAUUUAUUCUUUUGAAAAUGAAUAAGUUUAAUUCAUUAUCUCUGCUUCAUAAUUCACUUUAUUGUUAUGUGUCAUAAUCAAUACUGUAUACAAAUCUGUCGUAUUUAUUGACUCUGCCUUAAUCAUUCAUUGUUAAUAUGAAUCUUAAAAUACAAAUUAUAGAGGAGACAACAUUAGCAUUAUAAACGAAUCCUACUUAUAUUCCCGAUCUGUAUCCUCAUUAUUUCUAAUGAAUAUCAGUUUUGAUUUUGAAAAGCUUUAUAAGUGAAAUAAUUAAUAAUCUGUUAAAUAUAUGUGAUAAUUUGCUGUUGUCUAUUGAUAUUUUAGGUCUAUCACUCUUUCAUAGAUUUUACUUGUCUCAAGCUAACUGUCUCUAAAUUGUACAGUAUGCAAAUCAUUUCAGUCAUUUAAUAUUUAGUUUUUAAGUACAUAAUUCAUACCAUAUACAUUAUUCUAAACAUUCGUCAAAGGAAAAUAAUAUGGGACGUUCUGAGAAUAAAACUGAUUAGUUAAGACUUCUGAUUUCAUGUUAAAGUACAGCUUCGAUAAAGUUAUGGAUGAUGUUCAACUACUUGUAUCUCGAUUGCGUGCACGUGAAGAGUCGGUCGAUUUAUUAAGACAACAGCUAUGUAAAUUACAAGCACAGUUACUGAGUAUGCGACAGUGUCAAGAAACAAUUCUUGAGUUUGAUGAAUUCUCUAAACGGGUCUCUAAUCAACCAAAAGGUCCACUGAUUAUCUGUCUUGCAGCUGAAAACAAACAACUAGAACAGUUGAAAAUUGAAAAUAAAACAUUAAGAAAUUCCCUUGAUGAACAUCAAACUGCUUUAGAUAUGAUUAUGACUAAAUAUCGUGGACAAAUUUCUAAACUAAUGAGAACCUAUCAAGUUGAACAUCUUGUUCAAUCAGUUAUAAAUCCCGAUAACAGCGAAAGUCGGUGUAUUAAAUCUUCAUACACGGAUCCAAAAUUAGUUAAUACACGUUCAACUAAUUCCAUUGAUUCACAAUCUGUAUCACAAAAAUCAAAUUCCGGUAAAGUUGACGAGAUAACAGAUAAUAUAACCCAAUCAUUAACUGAACAAUUUACUACGGUAGCUUCUAUUGUCCGUGACGUUACUGACCGUGGUGAUGCAUAUGCUGCAGAAUUAGAAGAAGAAUUACACCGAUUAAGAUCUGAAAAUGCUGGUCUUCGAGAAAUUUUAAUGAUAUCGUCUGAUUGUUGUCCUGAUACUAAUUCUAAUGAUUAUGUUCUUCCACCUGUAUCUUUACCAAAUAAAGAUUCUAUACAACAUGAAUCAUCUUCAUUAUCAUCUGUUCAGUCAGGACGAUUUCAUUUUCUUGAUGAAGAUUCUAGUUCAAUUCAUUUACCUGGUAUUGAUGAAUGCUUGAGUAGUGUUAAUGUCAAUGAAGAUUCAUUUUUAUACAAUAUUCCUAAUCCUUCUGAUGAUAGCAGUAAUAGUGAUACAAUUAGUGGUAAUCAUUCAGAUGAGGAUAGUGAUGAAGAUGAUAGUACAGUUUAUGAGGUUGCUAUGAAACAAAUGAUUAACUCUCUAUAAUUUUCAUGUUCAUUUGUCGUCAUGAAAUUCAUUAGCUUUUAUCUUAUUAAUGAUAUUAUUUCUUAUGUUGAAUGAAUGUCUUACAUAGAAUGAAAAUAGUUUUCAACAUUUAAACAUUUCGUUUACACUUUAUCUUCUCUCUUUAUUUUUGACUGAGAGAUUUUGGUUGUCCGGUUUAAAAUAAGUAAAUAAUUUUUGUGUUUUGUAUUGGAGAAAUGACCAAUUCCCAAGUUAAUAUACUCAUUUAUAUGAAAGAACAUCACAAAUUGAAAUAGUGUAUACACCUUUUUUUUUCCUAAAAAAUAAAGUAAUUCGUUCUUAAUACAGAAUCGAGAAAUGCUUCAAAUAACACUAAAUACUAUUUAUUAAUUUCUGUGUUAAUUUAUUUUAAACAUUCUAAAUGAAACUGUUAUUUGUAAAAAUAAACAACAACAACAGUCGAUUGGUUUCUAUUGAAUAGUUAAAUUGUGGAAAUAUGAAAACAAUGCAUUGUAUUAUCCUUUUUGGCAAUGUGAAUAACACGUUUAAAUUUAGAAUAUAAAGAAUUAAUGAAUUUUAUUAGCUUCUUACAGAUUUAUGUGAUUGACAAUUUCAAUUAUUAACAAAACAAAACUAUUCUAGGUGUCUAUUGAAAAGAAAAUGUUAGUGUAAAUGUAUAGAAUGUUGUUUCUCGA